GGGGGUUGAGCCACGCAGAAAACUCGGAUCAGGAAACGAGAGCUGCUGCAGACUCUGGUGUAAGACGGGUUUUGGGGAGGGGGGUGGGAGUGUUCCAGUGAUCCAUCCGCUGAACUCUCCCUGAAGACACCUCACAGCCUGAGCCACUUCUCUUCCGACUGGGACAACACCAUGAAGCCGAUCGCGUUUUUGUUCCUGAUGGUGUCCUUUCGUUUUGGACACUGUAUGAGACAGAAUAUUGUGUUCAUACUAACAGACGAUCAAGAUAUCAAGCUCCAAGGAAUGACUCCUAUGAAGAAGACUCAGGCCUUAAUUGGAAAUGCAGGGGUUACAUUCACGAAUGCAUUUGUGGUCACCCCACUGUGCUGUCCAAGUCGCAGUGCCAUCUUGACAGGAAAGUAUCCACACAAUCACCUGGUGCGCAACAACUCUCUCAAUGGAAACUGCAGCAGUGUGCAGUGGCAGAAGGUUAUGGAGCCACAGGUCUUCUCUGUCUAUUUAAAGAAGCAUGGAUACCAGACCUUCUUUGCAGGAAAAUACCUCAAUAAGUAUGGUCAUGCUACCGUUGGUGGAACAGCCCAUGUCCCCUUAGGCUGGGAUCACUGGCACGGAUUGGUUGGAAACUCCAAAUAUUAUAACUACACGCUGUCGGUGAAUGGUGUAGCUGAAAACCACGGUGACAUCUACCAAAAGGACUAUCUGACUGAUCUUAUCGCAAACCGUUCCGUGGAAUUUCUGCAAUCCAAGAAACGAAGUGUUCCUUUUUUCAUGAUGCUAUCAACUCCAGCCUGCCAUUCUCCGUGGACUGUUGCUCCACGGUACAGCAAGUCUUACAACGUCACCAAAGCUCCUCGUCAUGGAAGUUUCAAUGUGCAUGGGAAGGAUAAACACUGGCUCCUUCGACAAGCUAAAACGCCUAUGAAGAACACCUCUAUCGAAUUCCUGGACGGUGUAUUCAGAAAAAGGUGGCAGACUUUGCUGUCUGUGGAUGAUCUGGUAGAGAAGGUUGUCAUGAAACUGGAGGAAAUGAAGGAACUGAAUAACACGUACAUAUUCUACACAUCUGACAAUGGCUAUCACACAGGACAGUUCUCUCUGCCCAUUGACAAGCGUCAGCUUUAUGAAUUUGAUAUUCGAGUGCCAUUGCUGGUCCGUGGACCAGGUAUCAAACCUAAGCAGACCAUAAAGGAACCCAUCCUGAAUAUAGACCUGGCACCCACCUUCUUGAAUAUCGCUGGAUAUGAUGUAAUCCAAAGCAUGGACGGUACCUCUUUUCUUCCCCUCAUGGAUUCUUCACGGAAUAAAACACACUGGCGCAAUGAUUUUCUGGUAGAAUAUACUGGAGAAGGUGAUGCUAAGUUAGACCCUGCAUGCCCCAAUGUAGGACCUGGCGUGGCUGAAUGUUUUCCAGACUGCGUGUGUGAAGAUGCUUUUAAUAAUACUUAUGCUUGUGUGAGAACAUUAUCAAAAGUCAAUCUACAGUAUUGUGAAUUUGCCGACAGUGAGGCCUUUGUUGAAGUCUACAACUUGACAUCAGACCCACACCAAUUGGUCAAUAUUGCAAAAACUGUGGAUCCCUCACUACUUGUGAAGAUGAACCAGCGGUUGAUAAAGCUAGAAUCUUGUUCUGGAAAUGACUGUCGUACAGUAAAGGUAGAGGAAGAUGGAUUUGAUUCCUAGUCGAAGGAUUGCCCUCUUUCUGGCAGAUUGUAUUUGAGCCAACACAGACCAGUGUCCAUCCACAAAAGAAAGAAUGUGAAUGAUUGAAAAUCCAGACAUCUGGGUCCACAAACAAGAUGAAUGUGCAAUAGCUCAUCAGAAAGCACCUAAAUUCAUACAGGAGUCCUUUUUCUCCUUGUUUAACACUCCAACCAAGAAACCCUGCUCCUACCUUAAUUUGAAAUGUCCUGCUGUGUACGUUUGAAAAACCCAUAUUAUUUUUGCAGGGUUACUUGAAAAUGGUUUCUCACCAUAAAUAGAAAUAAAUGAAUACAUUUACCCCCAAACAGUUUCACCUGGGUAACUGAAAUACUUUUUUAAAAUUGGUUCUUAAAAUCACUUAUUUCCCUACCCUAUCCACUGCUUGUUUCAGCUUUCAUUUUUCAAGACUGUUCCCUUCUCAUUUAGAAGAUCACUACAAUUGUUUCACAAAAAUUAAAACUCCUAGUGGGCUUGACUGUAUAAAACAUACUCAUCAAGAAGUGGAUCUUGAUGCUUGGGGUGAUUCUGUUCAUCAAAAUUGUGCAAAGACCAUUUGGAUUUAAGACGUCUGACUGACUAAAUGAAUGAUUGACUAACUAAUUUGGACAGAAGGAUAUCUCUGCAUUCUACUGUGAAAUUGCAAAUUUCUGAGCCAUCUCUUUCUUGUCAGUUAGCCAUAUUUAGAUGUUGGAAGUGGAUUAUAAGAGCUACUUGUAUGAAUGCAUACCACACUCUUUCGCUUCACUUUGUAUUGCAACCACUUCCAUAAAUCAUAAUUACAUAAUUACCCAGUGCUUACUUAGAAUGUUUCAACAUGCUGGAAUCGGUUUUGGGAAUUCCUGCAUUAAUUUGAAGAGAGGAGUGAAACAACUCUUCAGAGUAAUGAAUACAAUAUCAAACUCAUUUUGUCGGAUUUAUUAAGGUAAACCUGGAAAGACAAUUAAUGUUGCAGAAUGCUUGAAUAUCAGGGAUUUGUAAUCUGAAUGUAAAAGCGUGUUGGAUUUCCGUGCGAAGGGUGACUUUUUAAGCAGGAUUAAGCUGUUUUCAAAAUGUAGGAAAAAGUAAAAAAUUAAAAGAGUUCUCAAAGUGA